AUCGGCUAUUUGACACCAUUUCACACCUAUAUAAACACCUCAAAAGCAGACUAACAGCCAGACAGUGUUGUUAUUUCAAGAAUAUCUACAAUGAGUUUUAAAAUUAUUAUUCUUUUGGGGUCUUUAGCCCUUAUGGGCGUUUCAAACGCCGAUGAGAUUAAGAUGGGUUCCUCAAAAGCUAUUACAUUCGAUUCUUUGGCUGCACCAAGAGAGACUCAAGUUCUUGGACAUAAUAUGAAUCCAGCAAUGAUAAAUAACGUCCAAGCUGCCAUUCAACUUAGUCUUACUCGUUAUGAUGAUCCAAUGGACCGAGUUUAUUAUAUAGGAUCAACUUUAGUUGGUCUAUAUCCGAACAAAAGGUGGAAUGUAGUUGAACAAUAUGAUGCCAUACUUUAUUAUUAUGUCGAUUACGCAGAAGUUUUAGCUUAUUACAACUCUAGAAACAUUUUAUUCUUAGUUUAUACCAAUUAGGAAAACCAAAUUUUAUAUUUUGCUCUGUCGCCAUGCAAUUCUCUCUUAAAUUAUUAGAAAUAGCCAUGUAUGUGUUUCCAUCUAUGAAAUAAAUACUAAAAUUAAUCUGUCU